GUGGCGGCGGCGGCAGCAGCGGGUUCGGUUGCGCGUGGCCCACGGGGUGGGAGCGGAGCCCAGGCCGGGAGCAGGCGCCGCCGCCAGCGACCAUGGGGAACGUGUUGGCCGCCAGCUCGCCACCCGCAGGGCCACCGCCGCCGCCUGCGCCGGCCCUCGUGGGGUUGCCGCCGCCUCCGCCCUCGCCGCCGGGUUUCACGCUGCCGCCGCUCGGAGGUGGUCUGGGCGCCGGGGCCAGCGCGGGUCGAGCCUCGGAACGGACCCCCGGAGCUGCAGCCGCCAGCGCCACAGGGGCCGGUGACGAUGGGGCCUGCGGCUGCCUGCCCAACCCGGGCACGUUCGAGGAGUGCCACCGGAAGUGCAAGGAGCUGUUUCCCAUUCAAAUGGAGGGUGUCAAACUCACAGUCAACAAAGGGUUGAGUAACCAUUUCCAGGUGAAUCAUACAGUAGCUCUCAGCACAAUUGGGGAGUCCAACUACCACUUCGGGGUCACGUAUGUGGGGACGAAGCAGCUGAGUCCCACAGAGGCGUUCCCUGUGCUGGUGGGCGACAUGGACAACAGUGGCAGCCUCAACGCUCAGGUUAUUCACCAGCUGGGCCCCGGCCUCAGGUCCAAGAUGGCCAUCCAGACCCAGCAGUCGAAGUUUGUGAACUGGCAGGUGGAUGGGGAGUACCGGGGCUCUGACUUCACAGCAGCCGUCACCCUGGGGAACCCAGACGUGCUGGUGGGUUCAGGAAUCCUUGUAGCCCACUACCUCCAGAGCAUCACACCGUGUCUGGCUCUAGGCGGAGAGCUGGUCUACCACCGGCGGCCCGGGGAGGAGGGCACCGUCAUGUCUCUAGCUGGGAAAUACACAUUAAACAACUGGUUGGCGACAGUAACGUUGGGCCAGGCGGGCAUGCAUGCAACAUACUACCACAAGGCCAGCGACCAGCUGCAGGUGGGCGUGGAGUUUGAGGCCAGCACAAGGAUGCAGGACACCAGUGUCUCCUUCGGGUACCAGCUGGACUUGCCCAAGGCCAAUCUCCUCUUCAAAGGCUCCGUGGACAGCAACUGGAUCGUGGGCGCCACACUAGAGAAGAAGCUCCCGCCCCUGCCCCUGACGCUGGCACUCGGGGCUUUCCUGAAUCACCGCAAGAACAAGUUCCAGUGUGGCUUUGGCCUCACCAUCGGCUGAGCCCCUCCGGGACCCGCCUUCCACACCCUUCUUCCUGCAGAUCCCACCUCCACCUCCCCCUGCCACGGAGGGGAGACUUGAGCCCCCCUCCCCCUCCCUUCCCUCCCUCCUCGGGGGUCAGGGGAGGACAGCGGAAAGGAGGGAACCCACCACCCAGCAGCUGAGGAAGGGAUUCUGGAACCGAGGGGCGCUUCGGGGGAUUCCGAGCACCAGGGGCCGCGUGCCCCGUGGGCCUGAGGUCCCGGAAGGGAUUCCGGAAUGGAGGGCACGCAGGAUUCUGAGCACCAGGGGCAGAGGGGCCAGACAGCCUCAGGGAGGAGUGUCCUGGCAUCCCCAGCCUCCAAAGGGCCCGGGCCCGCCCUGAGGGGGCAGCAAGAGGAGCUUCCCCAUCCCCGUUCAGUCCGCCCCCUCCACUUCCCCGUCUACCCCUCAGUAUAAAUCAUGUUUAUAAGUUAUGGAAGAACCGGGACAUUUUACAGAAAAAAACAAAAAACAACAAAAAAUAUACACGAAAAAAAAAAAGAUCAAGAUGGGAGGCCUUGGUUUUCCCAAGCGUGUGGCCCCUCUUUGAGCUUUUCAUCCCCGAGUCCACCGGCCCGACCUUCCCACAGGCGCCAGUAGGGGGUGCUGGAGGGCCGGGCGCGGAUGGGUCGGGGCGCUGCACUGAACCAGCUCAGGGGAAGAGCCCGGCCGGGUAUCACAGCCUCCCUGCUGGGGGACAUCGCUGGCCUCCCCUCACCAGGAGUGCAGGGUCUCAAGGUCACUCACCCCAGCUUGGCCUGGCCAGUGUGGCUGUAGAGGACUUUGUCCCUGCAAACUAAAGCAGUGGGGGUGGGGAGCUGGGACUCUGGGGUCUUUGCAGGUUCCAAAAGGAGUGGAAGAUUCGAGCUGCUGGACAAGCUUUGGAACAACGAAGGAGCUGCCGAGAGCUGCUGCACCCAGGGGAGAAGGGCUUGGGCCUUGGCACGGGGUUGGGGGCGGGGGGCCGGCUCACUUGGACCUGAGGAGGAGCUGUCAGGACUCUUCUAAGUGGAGACACCCACCCCCACUCCUGACCCCUCUCCAGACAGGGGAAGUGAAACCCUGUCUGCCCCCAGGGUCUGGGGAGGAGGCUGCUGCAUAGACCUGACCCCAGUUGCCCAGGGAAGCCACCCUGCUCGCUCCCCGCCAGUGCUGAGGCCAAAGCAAACAGGCCUCAGAGGCCUGGCACUGGGGCUCCCUGGAACCAGAUGUUCAGCCUCCCCUGGCCCCGCAGAAUCCAGUGUUCCCUCCGUCCCCCACAACCAGGAAUGAACCCCAGCUCCUAAUUCUUGGUGUGUGGCCCUGCUAUUUCCCUGAACGCUGAGCUCAGGUCUCAUCUGUAAGACAGCUGGGCUUUACGUAACUGGCUGCUGGGAAGGUGGCGGUGUUGGAGCGCUCCCUGUGGCCGCUCCGCAGUUAGCCCCAAGGCAGGACCUCCUGUAUGCCAGGGGCUGUCCUCGGUACUCAGCACAUGCAUUAGUGCAGUGCGUCUCCAAUCUGGCUUGGGUGCAGCUGCUUCCACAGUUUUAUGGGCAAAGACUGGAUGCUCAGAGAGGCUGUGCCCAGGGUCACACAGCUGGGCAACUGGCAGGGCCAGGAUUCAAGCCUUGGCACUUUGGUUCCAGAGACCUCUCCAGGUAGUGCUCUUCUUCCUUCAAGCCCUGUGGGCAGCACAGGGGAGUGACUCCUGAAAUCCACAAUGCACCCAAGGUCACAGCCAAAGAGAAAGUUAAGAUUAAAACCCAGGUUUCACUCGCAGAGCCCAGGCUUUUAGCAGAUGCAUCACACCAUUCUCGCCCCUCCCAUCCUAUUUCUGCCCAGGGCCCCCUUCUCUCUGGGAGCCAGGAGUCCAAGCUCCCAGCCCCCUCCCCAGAUUUCAUCCAUCCACAGGGAAGGGUGCUCGGGGCAGCAGCCCGCUCAUUGCUCCUCUGUGCCCAGCCCCAAGAAUGGAGGAGGACGUCUGGAUUACUGGGUGAUGUGUCACCUCCUUUCCUGGGGGCUGGGGGGCGGGGGGUCACAAGGCCUCCAAGCCCCACCUCCUUCCUC